UCCACAAUUUGACCUUGAUGCGUGUAGCCAGACUAGCUAUUCACUACAAAAUUUUCCAGUCAAAGAAUGACAUAAAGCAGUUAUGACUCUUUCCUGAUGACUAUUCAGCAGAUGUAAUAUUUUGCCUCAUGUUUAUUAAUCAAAUUUACCAGUUAAAAUGAUCACUUAAUCCUGAAGGAGUUGAUAGUUUUAUGUGAUCUUUUGUUACGUGUAUGAAAACCAUUGGAAAUAGUGUUAAAUAUUAGUAUUAGUCAACCUAAUGUAUUAACUUUAAAACUAAAAAUUCUGGUGUCGUGUGGAAUCAAGUAAUUCUGGUCAACUUUCAAAUAUGGUGCCUCCCUGAAAUACAAUUGGUAUGCUUUUAGUUUGUGGUCUUCUACAUCCUUCUGCCAAGCAACCGAGAAAGCUGUGGAAGCCUGUAAAGUGGUACAAUACAUGGCUGAGUACAUUGUUUCCUUGGUUAUUGAAAAUAUUGCUAGUCAAAUGGUGGAUGAAGCUGUUUCCUUGGCAAGAGUUUGGGAAACAGUUGAAUGGAUUCAUGCAGAAUUAAGGAGAAUGCUAUGCUUUCUCAAGGAUGCAGAUGCAAAACAAGAUGGUGAUGAUCGAGUUCGAAACUGGGUGGCAGACAUAAGAGAAGUUGCUUAUGAUGCUGAAGAUGCUAUUGAUAGCUACAUCCUCAAAAUGAUGAAACAACAAGAGAAAGGGUCAACCACCAGGUUCUUCAAGAGGUAUCCUUUUUGCUUUAAUGAACUCCUUGCAAGUUAUAAGCUUAACAAGCAAAUAAACAGGAUCAAGAAGAAAAUCCAUGAUAUUAGCAGUAGUAGGUCAACUUAUGGAAUUGAAAAUAUUGGUAAAGGGGGAGAAGGGAUUAGUUUUGCAGUUAACUCUCUUCGUGAAAGGAGACGAUCAUAUCCUCACUCUUCGGAUGAGGAAAUUGUUGUUGGUACUGAGGAGGACAUAAAAAUUUUGGAAGAUCAGCUAAUUAAUGGGGAGCUGAGACUCUCUAUUGUUUCAAUCAUCGGCAUGGCUGGUCUAGGCAAGACCACUCUUGCCAAGAAAAUUUAUUGUAGCAGUAAUGUCAACAUGUGUUUUGAUUCUUGUGCUUGGGUUUAUGUCUCUCAUGAAUACAAAGCUGGAGAGUUAUUGAGAGAUUUGUGUAACAAGGUUAUGGGGCUUAGAAAGGUGGAAUUAGAAAAGAUGAACAGAGAGGAAAUGCGAGUAGAGUUGUCAAGUUUUUUGGAGCAAAGGAGAUAUAUUGUAGUUUUUGAUGACAUAUGGAAUAAAGAAGUUUGGGAUGAUUUAAAAGCAGUCUUUCCUGAUAAAAAAAAUGGAAGUAGAGUAGUUUUCACUACAAGGUUCAGAGAUGUUGCUUUACAUGCUGAUCCACGAACCCGGCCACAUGAACUCAGCCUUCUUAGUGAUGAAGAUAGCUGGAAAUUGUUGUCCAGGAAGAUAUGUCUGGAAUGGAAUGCCCUGACAAGUUUGCCUGCUUGGACUGAGGAGUUAGGAAAAGAAAUUGUGAAGAAAUGCAAGGGUUUACCUCUUGCAAUUGUAGUUCUAGGGGGUCUGUUGUCGAGAAGAGAAGCAACCUUUGAAGAAUGGCUCAAAGUUCUGAAAAGUGCACAUUGGCAGCUACUGCAACAUCCAGCACAAUGCCUUGAUAUUUUAGCAUUAAGUUAUCAUGAUUUACCUUACUACUUGAAGCCUUGUUUUCUUUAUUUUGGUCUCUUCCCCGAAGAUUUUGAAAUUUCUGCUAGAAGAUUGAUUCUAUUGUGGGUGGCAGAAGGAUUUGUGCAGCCUAGAGGUGAAGAACCAUUGGAAGAUGUAGCUGAGGAUUACUUGGUAGAACUAGUGGGGAGGAGCAUGGUUCAAAUUACUGCAAAGAAAUUGAACGGAAGGAUUAAAACAGUUCGCAUACAUGAUCUUUUGAGAGAACUUGCCACAAAGAAAGCUAAGGAAGAUCGUUUUUUCGAUAUCAUCCAUGGAGAUGUCAAGGAUUGCUUUCUAACAAGCCCUCGUAGGGUCUCUACAAGCUUUGGGAUUGCUCCGAAAACUAGAAAUAGUUCAAGAAUCCGUUCUUUGUUUUUUUUUGACCACAAUGAACCAGGGUUGAAGAACCUUAAAAAGCUUAAACUCUUGCGAGUGCUUGAUUUGGAAAGCGUUCAAAUUGGUCUACUUGAAUCUGAUGUUGGGAACCUCAUUCAUUUGAGGUACCUGGGAUUAGGAGGAACUUGGUUAAGGCGGCUUCCUUCAUCAAUGUGCAACCUUCUGAACUUGCAGACAUUGGAUUUAAGAUCAACGCUGGUUGAUCCAAUUCCUGUUUUUAUUUGUAAGUUGCUGGAAUUGAGACAUUUGUACUUCAAUGAGAAUAAAGAGAUGAUAGUGAAGCCACCAAAGGAUAUUUCUCUACUUAAUCUCCAAACAUUACAGGGCAUCUGUAUUGGACAAACUAGUUCUGUCGAGCUAGGCCUGGACAAGUUGACCACCUUAAGACACUUAAGCUUAUUUGGCAAUUUGAUUGCGCAAGAAGAAGCUUUAAGCAGAUGGAUUUUCAAGUCGAAAGGGCUACAAACUUUGAAGCUAGAUGCAAGAACUAGAGGUGAAGAUAUUGCAAGGGCUGCCCUUCCUGGAUUCAUGGACUUUUCAGGUCACAUCUUUCUCACCAAAUUAUACUUUGGAGGAUUCAGGCAGAAGUCGCUUGGCGUCCAAGAUUUUCCACCCAACCUAAGUGAACUAACAUUACAUGGUUCUUUCUUGAUGGAAGACCCCAUGGAAAAGCUUGAGAAGCUCCCAAGUUUGAGAGUCUUGAAAUUAAAGCACUCUGCGUAUGUGGGAAAGCAAAUGGUAUGCUCAAAUGGGGGGUUCCCUCAACUCCAAUUCUUGAAGCUGUCUUUUCUUUACUCAGUGGAGACAUGGAGGAUAGAGGAAGGAGCAAUGGCCAAUCUCAAGGAGUUACACAUUGUUGAGUGUAAGAUGAGGAUUGUUCCAAGAGGAUUAUGGCCAGUGGCUACUCUCAGCAAUCUGAAACUAGGCUACCUGCCUCGUGAUUUUGAGAUGAAGGUUCGGGAUCGCAAGGGAGAGAAUUGGUAUAGAAUUGAGCAUGUGCUACCAGUGUAAGCAGGCGGUUUGUUCAAAAUAGCUUCAGCUUCAGCUUUCCAAGGCUGUUUUUCUGUUCAUAUUCACCGAUCUAUUAUCAGUGUUUUUGGCACAAGAGGACCGGAGGUGAGUGUCAUUAUUCAUAGUUGUUCUUUUCCUUUUAAAUUUCUUUGAAAACAUUGGAGAAUUAUGACCAUUUAUUAUGAAAACAGAACAUAAACUGAUGAAAGAUUUUCAAAGAACACUUACAGAAAUAGAGAUCUUGUUGUGGCAAUAAACUGAUGAAGGUGAAUGAAAUGAUGAUUAUCAAGAAAAACUGAAACGAUUCGACAAAGAAAUGACAAUUUUUUCAAACACUGCCAAACUUCUUCAUUUUGGUUUUUUUUUUUUUUUUUUAUUCUUUGCAAAGAAAAAACUAAGAUGAUCUGAACCAUUGUUCUAAAAUCUAAUAUCUGUCUUUAACAUUGGAAAAGACAAAAAUUUCCUCAAAACCUUCAAAAUGAAACUAAAGCCAUAACCAGUGAGCAUCCAACAAUCAAAAACCAUUCUGAACAAGCCUCCAAAAGAAAUCAUUAAUACUUUUUUCUUGAAAAAACACAUUGGAAAUACUUGAAAGCAUGAUAUAAAGAAUCAAAGACAUUGAAAACAUAUGACUUACCUGCAUCUCAUAAACUUAACACUACGUGAUUUUUGGAGUUAUAGAUUUACGCUUCAGUUUGGAAUCGUUGCUGAAAAUGGUCCAAAAUGGCAUUGGAUAUUUUUUCAGUGCCGUUUUGGCACUCCAACGCAAUGCAAACCCUUCUCAGCAGUUUGUAAAUGAAGCCUGUAAUGAUUCUUGAGG